UUGCAUAAACGAAACACAACUUGGGCAAAAGCACUUAACGGGAUUUAUAUCACAAUAUAUUUACACGUGGAUGUGUUCAGUUUGGCGUGUACUCAGAUAUGUGUUGUACCGGCGUCAGCAUGAAAGCGAGUCGUGCGGGAGUUUUCUUUUCGGCUUUCCUAAUUUUGCAAUUUCUGACGUGUGUAUUUUGUGAUGGCGAGACAUUAGUGCUCUUAGAUAACCUAGCAACUAAGGAGACACAUUCAAUAUUUUUUAGAUCAUUGCAAGAGCGUGGUUUUAAGCUCACAUUCAAGUCUGGUGACGACCCAAGCUUGUCACUGAAAAAGUAUGGGGAAUACCUUUACAAGCACCUCAUACUAUUUUCUCCUUCUGUUGAAGAAUUUGGAGGCUCCCUAAACGUGCAAGCGCUCGUUGAAUUCAUCGACGACGGAGGCAAUAUUCUUGCUGUUGCCAGCUCGAAUGUUGGUGAUGUUAUGCGUGAAUUGGCAAAUGAGUGUGGCUUCGAAAUCGACGAAGAGGGAAGCGCUGUGAUUGACCACCUGAACUAUGAUCUGUCUGAUGAAGGAAAGCACACGAAAAUUGUCGCUGACCCCGAAAGCCUCUUGGACGCUCCAACAGUAACGGGAAGCAAGAACAUGCCUCCUAUCCUGUUCAAGGGAGUUGGAAUUGUUUCGGACCAAGAAAACCCACUUGUACUGGAAGUUUUGACUGCGUCAUCGACUGCAUACAGUUACUCACCAGACAACAAAGUCACCGAGUAUCCUCACGCUGUAGGCAAGAACACCCUCCUCAUCUCAGCUCUGCAGGCAAGAAACAAUGCUCGCAUUGUUUUCUGCGGGUCGCUCGAUUUCUUCAGCGACAAGUUCUUCACGUCACCGGUGCAAAAGGCUCACGGAGGAAAACGCUUUGAAACGUCUGGUAACAAACAGCUGGCAACAGCUCUGUCCGAAUGGGUGUUCAAAGAGAAGGGCGUACUCCGUGCUCAGAACGUCAAACAUCACCGCAAGGGCGAGAAGACCCCUCCGGAAGCCUAUACGAUCAUGGAUGACGUCGUGUACAGCAUUGAAGUGGAAAUUUUGAAGAAUGGAAAGUGGGAGACUUUUGAUGCCAAGGAUCUGCAGCUGGAGUUUGUUCGCAUCGACCCAUUUGUGCGCACUAAGCUCGUAAAGAAAGGAAAGAAGUACGAGGCCGACUUCAAGGUGCCUGACGUGUACGGGGUAUACCAGUUCAAGGUGGACUACAACCGUGUGGGUUACACACAUCUGUACACAACUACGCAAGUGUCUGUGCGUCCCCUGCAGCACACGCAGUAUGAACGGUUCAUCCUGUCAGCAUACCCCUACUAUCUGAGCGCCUUCUCGAUGAUGCUGGGUGUUUUCCUGCUUAGUUGCGUGUUCCUUCAUCACAAGGAAAGCCCCAAGGCGAAGGCUGACUGAGUAAUUCUGAACAGUUCCUUUCUUUUGACUUGUGGCUCAUUCACCAAACUUAAAUUCAUCAGUCAUUUUCUGUUCAUUGUUGUGAUAUGAUUGGAGAGGAACACUGGUUGGGAACAGUGAGGGGGGCAGCACACAUGGCUGUUUUGUUGGUACUUUAUUUUUUGGAACAUUAAAAAUGUUGCUUUACAAUAAAAUGGGAAACAGUAAA